CUUCCUCAUUUACAUCACAUUAAACAGAGUCUAAAACUGCACAUCCUGAUAUUAUUUCGAUUUUGGUCUUCAAACAUGGAAUCACAUCUCUCUUCUCUGCUUCUGCUCAUGAUCUUUCUGCCAGACAGUCUCUAUGGACACUCUGAAGUUCAAGAGCUACAGAAACCAGUGAUUUCUGUGCAUGCCCCUGAAGACAAGAAUGUGGCUGUAGCCUGUCAGAUGAAUCUGAAAACCCCAGCUGUAAAUACCAGCUGUUACCUGUAUGUUGGAGACUCGUCUCAGCCGUACAGAAGUACAUGGACCACCAAUGGGAGGGUCUGCAGCUUUAAUGUGGAACGUGCUGACCUGCAGCAGCACCUGCAGGCUUUGAGGACGGGAGAAGUGAGCUGUGAUUACGCUGUGAACACAAACCCACACUCUCAUUCUCCACGCAGUGACAGAGAACAGGUACCAGGACUCUCUCCAGAACCAAAAACAGGUAAACUGCCCAAGGCAGAGUUAGGAUUGAGUCGUGCAGUGAUUUCCAUAGAGGAGUCAAUGACACUGAGGUGCAGGGGACCUGACUCUUCCCCUGUGUCCCACUGCACUUUCACCAUUAAUGAGAGAGCGAUCAGUGGCUCAGAUUGUGAGCGCUCAGUCACUGGAGCUGAUCUGCUCAGUGGGAGACCCAGCGCACUCAAUGAGCUGAGCAUGAGAUGUUUCUACAGUCUGGAGGGAAGACCAUCUCUACCUAGUGACCCCUCUACAGUAACUGUGCUGGGUCGACUGCCCAAGGCAAAGUUAGGAUUGAGUCAUGCAGCGAUUUCCAUAGAGGAGUCAAUGACACUGAGGUGCAGGGGACCUGACUCUCCCCCUGUGUCCCGCUGCACUUUCACCAUUAAUGAGAGACCGAUCAGUGGCUCAGAUUGUGAGCGCUCAGUCACUCCAGCUGAUCUGCUCAGCGGGAGACACAGCGCCCUCAAUGAGCUGACCAUGAGAUGUUUCUACAGUCUGGAGGGAAGACCAUCUCCAUUUAGUGACUCGUCUACAGUAACUGUGCUGGCUCUGAAGAAGCCCAGUAUCUCAGUCUCCAUGAAAAACAACCAGGCACACAUUCACUGUGAAGCCCCAUCUGACAUCACUGGAGCAGAGUUCUUCCUGUACCUGUGCUCAACAUUGAGUAAAACACUUGUGAACAGCACCGUGGCUGGAAAGGAAGAGCGAGCAGCCAUUUUCACUGUCCCCCACAGCUCUGACUCCACUCUGAUAUACUACUGCAUUUAUCAGCUUAAGAGGAUCAACUCUGAACUGAGUGACUGUGCUGAAGUUAAGAACAAGGACCAGAGAGGAGGAACAGAGGAUCAAAAGUGGCUGAAGACUGGAGCAAUUAUCAUCGUGGUGGGGAUUCUUAUGGGAAUGACAGGUGUCAGUCUGUAUUGGAUACACAGUGCGUAUUUCCGAUGAGUACUCUGUAGUGCCUGGGAUUCCCAAAUGUUUGUGACCACUCUAUGGCAUGAUACCAUAAUUACAUAAUUACAUUACUAAAUGGCUAACAUUUGAUGCCUUCAUCCAACACAUGCUACAGGCUACAAUACAGUGGCUAUUUAACAGACGAGCGCAUAUCUACUGUAAUUUGUGCUGUCAUUGUAUCAUGGUUCAAUACAUAAUGUUAGUGAAUGUAAAAUGUGAAAUAUGCUACUACACUGUAAAUAAAUAACACACCUGUAAAAUACACAAUAUUAAUGUAAUCAAUAAUAUUAUGUUAUAUUUAUUCAAUAACAAUACUAAUAUUAUUUAGAUAUGGUGUAUUUCAGUGUAAUUGUUUUAGACAGUUUUUAGGAAGUUCUACAUGGUAAAACCCAUGAACAGACAAGAACAUUAAAGCUCCGGAUCUCAGAACUGUAGAAAGGGCUGGUUAGAGGCGUGCAAUCCGCAGGUCUUCAUAUGCAAUUAUAUGAAUCAACCUCCAGUGACUUGCAACUGAAAAUUUAGAAUUAUAUGAAAAACAUACAUUUCUUUUUGUUCUUUUUCAGAAAAAAGGAAAUCCAACAAGUGAGAUAUAUAUAUUUUUAAACCUGCUACCCUACUCUCAAUCUGUCUGUUCAAGCAAACUAAAAUUACAUUUAUUUAAUUUUCUCUGUCUGAUACUCACUGUUUCGGUCCAUGACUAUGACUAUAAAGCAUAAAGCCCUAUAAACUAUAUCUCUAACACAAUUCUGUGUUAUCUAUGUUGUUCAGGGUGCCCACGACUCCUAAUACAGUUCCGUGUAAGUAUCCGUAAUCUUCAAGC